UCGCCCGACACCCGCUCGAACCUUCUCUGGCCCUGAUCUUUUGCACUGCAGCUUUAAGAUUGAUCCAAGGCUUGGACCCUGUGUGUCUUGAGCUGUGCCAUUACUCCGCCACCUUCCAGCUCUCCAGUAUCCUAUACCAAACCCUACCAUCAUGUCGGGUGCCGCCGAUCGGGAGGCUGUGUUCCCAACCCGGCAGUCGCUGGGUCUGAUGAAGGCGAAGCUGAAGGGUGCAGAGACGGGUCACAGCUUGCUGAAGCGGAAGAGCGAGGCCCUCACGAAGCGUUUUCGGGAGAUCACAAGACGAAUUGACGAAGCCAAGCGUAAAAUGGGUCGCGUAAUGCAGAUUGCGUCUUUCUCGCUCGCAGAAGUCACAUACGCCGUCGGGGGCGACAUUGGGUACCAGAUCCAGGAGUCCGCGAGGUCAGCGCGCUUUCGUGUUCGCACCAAGCAGGAGAACGUUUCUGGAGUGCUUCUGCCGACCUUCGAAAGUUACGUCACUGAAGGGAACAACGACUUUGGACUCACUGGCCUCGGCAAGGGCGGCCAACAAGUUCAGCGUUGCCGCGAAACCUAUGCUCGUGCUGUGGAGGCCCUUGUCGAGUUAGCCAGCCUACAAACUGCUUUCGUGAUCCUCGAUGAGGUGAUCAAGGUUGUCAACCGUCGAGACAUCAAUUCCGAGCUCGAUGAACUGGACAGAGAAGAGUUCUAUCGCCUGAAAAAGGUUGCAGGAAAGAAACAAAGAGACACCGCUGCGGCUGAUGCGGAAAUGAAGGCGAAGAGAGAAGCUGCGCUAAGCAAGACCGGACAGAAUGACAAGGUGGACGACGGCCCUACUGACUUGCUAGCCGCCGAGGAGGACAACGACGUCAUUUUUUAGGAUACGGAGACGUGCCACGAGGAGCAUGCUGGUGCGGGACUAAUUCGAUGAGGUAUAAGGACCACCCAGGCUAGCAGGACACGGAUGCGGACAGGUAUGAGCGAUAGCAGGUCUGACUGGCCCGACACUUGUCUCGAUACCUAGGAUGAAAGCACUAUAAGAACCAUUGCCAUUCA